AUGUACGGAAAAGUAGCUCUCGAAGAAGCCUUUAACCUCCCUCGAUUCGAGGAGAAGAUUCGAUGGUGGGCUGGUCUCUUUGCUGUCGACCCUGAUAAGCACACCAAGGAGAUGGUCGAUAUCACAAACCAGCGCAUCAAGUACAUGGACGAGCAUGGUGUUGGAUACACACUUCUCUCAUACACUGCUCCUGGUGUUCAAGAUAUCUGGGACCCCAAGGAGGCUCAGGCUCUAGCAGUCGAGGUCAACGAUUAUGUCGCGGGGGCUAUCAAGCCUCACCCUGAUCGAUUCGGUGCCAUGGCUACUUUGUCUAUGCACGACCCCCAAGAGGCUGCUGAUGAGCUGCGGAGAGUGGUUACCAAGUACGGCUUCAAGGGUGCCCUUGUCAACGACACCCAAAGAGCUGGUGAAGAUGGCGAUGAUAUGAUCUUCUACGACGGCCCAGAGUGGGAUGUCUUCUGGUCAACAGUCACAGACCUCGACGUCCCAUUUUAUCUUCACCCCCGAAACCCCACAGGCUCUAUCCACGAGAAGCUCUGGGCCAAGCGAAGCUGGCUCAUCGGACCCCCUCUGAGCUUUGCCCAAGGUGUCAGCCUCCACGCCCUGGGAAUGGUCACAAACGGUGUUUUCGACCGACACCCCAAGCUUCAAAUUAUUCUCGGUCACUUGGGAGAGCACAUCCCCUUUGAUAUGUGGCGAAUCAACCAUUGGUUCGAGGACGUCAAGAAGCCACUUGGUCUGUCAUGCAAGUUGACUAUCCGGGAGUACUUUGCUCGCAACCUUUGGAUUACCACCAGUGGACACUUUUCUACAUCAACACUUCAGUUCUGUCUGGGCGAAGUUGGUGCGGAUCGAAUUCUGUUCUCGAUUGAUUAUCCUUUCGAGUCUUUCAGUGAUGCUUGUACAUGGUAUGAUGGCUUGGCGAUUAAUGAUGUUGAUAAGAGAAAGAUUGGAAAAGAUAAUGCGAAGAAGCUGUUUAAGCUUCCCCAGUUUUACCAGAGCGAGGAUUAG